AUGUUCUGGCCCAUUGGGAGCCCCAGAGUCUACGCCACCAGCCAGCGCCAACUGCCGCCAGAGCGCCGCAUAACCUCCGACGACGGUGUCAACAACGAGGCGCCCCCCGCCGCAGUCAACGGGAAGCAUCACGAGCCCGAUCACGCCCGCGCUGCACAGCAGAAGCCCCGCGAUGACAGCGCUGAGCACGAUGCCACGGUGACGCAAGGGCCGAACGGCUCCGCGCCGCAGACGUCGACCGCAACCAACGGCAGCCUGCAAGGGACCGACGCGGAGGCAGACAUCGACGGCGAGAUCAUCGCCCUGCGCGUCGCCCGCAGUGGCCAGUUGUUUGCUACUAUCACACGCUCGACCUUGACUAUUUGGCAGACAAAGCCUACAGCAGUACUGGCCUCGGUACUGCGAUCGCCCACUUCUCUCAAAACCUACGGACCCAACGUAUCGCUCCUGUUGCGCCCCGACUCGGCCAUAUUCGUCGUGCAGACCGCCUUGGGCUACCUCAUUACCUACUCCCUCGCUAGCGACCCGAACUCCCGCGUCUACCGACAACACUUCGACCCCAACGCACAUGGCCAUUCGCGCCGCCAGAGCAUCUCUGGCAGCAGGCUCCAUGCUACCGGAGACAGGUUUGCAGGCCCGGGCGAAGGCGGUGGCAUCCAGGAUGUCAGUGUCCGCUUCCGCAUGGUCAUAAGAGUCGACGCCGGAAUUGCCAAGGCUCUCGCUCUCGACGAUGAGCUGGUCGUGGCCACGGCGAAGCCCGCCGCCAUUCAGUGCAUUCGAUGGGCCCCGGACAGCCAUGGGAAUCAGACUAGCACCGAGUUGCUCAGCAAAAUGUCCUGGCUCAGCAAGAAAACGACCGUGGUUGACAUUGUGAAUGACCGGCCUAUGAAUCUCUACGCUUGGGUCAUGAGUGACGGCAAGGCCUAUGCGGUCCAGAAGCUCCCGCCGGGUUCAGCGGAGGCCCAGUCGCCGAAGGCUUUGUUCAAAGGUUACUGCUUUCACGAGCCAGAGACGGAGGAUACUUACGCUGUGAAGGCCGCGAUCAAUGCCCGUUUCUCUCUGAUUGCGGUGGGCUGUGAAAACGGGGAGAUACAUGUGUAUACAGCCAGAGACUACGACGGACACGUCCCCUUGUCACACAAGUUGCAGACUGGAUUGACCUCGGCCUCGUCAGGAAGGCUGACUUUCCUAACAUACUCUCCGGACGGAUACUGUCUUUUUGCUGGCUAUGAGAAGGGAUGGAUGAUGUGGAGUGUUUACGGCAAACCGGGUGCAAGCAGCUUCACGUCGACGCGUUUCAUGUCCGAGAAUAACGAGGAAAGAUGGCUCCUGAGCGUUCGCGACGGGUUCUGGAUCGGCGGGGGUUCCGAAAUCCUCCUCCUUGGGAAGAACGACAAUCGGUUGUGGCUCUUAGAGAUGGCAAGGAGUGCUGUCGCCGGUUGCUAUUCCUCUGCGAACGUUUCCAGAUCUCUCCUCCAGACGAAUGCCGGCUUCAUGAUUUACCGCGGGUACGACAUGCCGGAUUUGACAGCUAUCUCGGCAGAAGUUUCCCUUUGGCAUCAUGUUCAGGUACCCGCUCCGUACCUCAUCGACCAGUGGCCUAUCCGGAGCGCGGUGAUCUCGUCUGACGGGCGUUAUGUGGCGGUGGCGGGCCGUCGCGGCCUUGCACACUACAGCAUCACCAGUGGAAGAUGGAAGACGUUUGAUGAUCCUGAGAUGGAGAACGAGUUCGCAGUCCGAGGCGGCAUGUGCUGGCACCAGCAUGUGUUGAUAGCCGCCGUCGAGGCGGGCAAUUCAUACGAGCUCCGUAUCUAUUCUCGUGAGAAAGAACUGGAUAACAACAAGAUCAUGCACAAGGAGCAGCUUCCUGCACCUAUUGUUUUGAUUGCACCGUCGGGAGAUGACUCGUUGUUGGUCUACACAUACGAAAACAUCCUCUAUCACUACAUUAUCAACGUCGCCAAUUCCUCUGUUAGGAUUAUGCAAGUCGGACAGAUUGCCCUCCAUGGAAUCAUCCGGGCGCCUCCACGAGUACGGGCGUUAAGUUGGAUUCUACCAGAAGAUCAACUCGAUCACGGUGAUCCUUCGCAGGACGUUGCAGUGGCCACUAUCCUAUUCCUGGUUGACGGCAAACUUGUCCUUUUGCAGCCGACGACCACGGAGGAUGGGAUGUUGAAAUACGAGAUGCGCAUCAUAGCCCAAAACGUGGAGUAUUACGCUCUCAUGCGGGACCAUCCGUCGUUCAAGAUUGCGGAUGACGAGGACUACCUGCCACCCAGCCCCUCAGCGGCUCUGCCAAACAACAGUCUCCAGGGGCAUGAUUUGCGAGAUUCCCUGUGGUACUUUGACGGACAAGACAUGAAGCUCUGGACCGAUGCGCAGGACGUCUUGGUAUCGGCAUCGAUGGAGCUCGGUAGAGAGCUUCCGGCAACAGUCAGCAUACCUGUUGACUUCUAUCCCCUGUCACCAUUGUUGAACAAGGGGAUCCUUUUCGGUGUUGAAUCAGAAUUGGUGCAGAGGCGGGACAUCAGUUUUGCCUACUUUCGUUUCGCUACAAGAACUCACCUCUUCCUCCCGCCGCUGCUUCGACACCACUUGGCGCAGUACAACUCCCCGGCAGCGUUGCAUCUGUCACACCAUUACCAGCAUCUCCUUUACUUCCCGCAUGCGCUGGAGAUCUUGCUGCAUGACGUGUUGGACGACGAGGUGGACACGUCCCCACCGCCGGAGCAGGCGCUUUUGCCAAGUGUGCUGUCGUUUCUUUCGUCGUUCCCGCAGUACCUGGACAUUGUGGUCCAAUGUACCCGCAAGACAGAAGUACGAUCGUGGCGCACGCUGUUCGCCCACCUACCUCCGCCUCAAGAGUUGUUCGAGGAGUCGCUGCAGCGGGGCUCUUUGAAAACGGCGGGCGGCUACCUCCUCGUGCUACACACGUUCGAGGAGCUUAGUUCGAGCUCGCACCAAUUGAUCCGGCUGCUCCAGCGGGCCAAGCUCGAGCAGGACUACGAUCUCUGCAAGGAGCUCGCGCGAUUCCUGAUGGCGCUCGACGAGACGGGCGAGACGCUGCGAGAAGCGCUGGAGAUGGCCGAGCUCAAGUCGCCGACAGAAGGCGGAACGAAAAGGCCGGCAGCAGGCAGCUUCAUGUUUGAAGAAUCACGGCUCAGCAUUUCGCGCAACAACGGGAGGAAUGGAGAGGGCGGGGUUGGGGAUAUUGGCAUCGGUAUAGGCGGGAUCGACCUAUCAAACAGCAGCGUGGGCAGCCACAGUCCCGCGAGCGCGGUAACGAAUGGCGAUGGCAAGGCAUCCACUCACGACGGCGGCAGUAAUGACGACUUCUUCACGUCAGGAUUUGGCUAA